AUCUUCGCAUUACAAAGAUACACCGUAUACUCCAAUUCGUUCAAUCUCCGUGGCUCCGCGAUUACAUCGAACUAAAUACACAGUUUAGAACACAAGCGACGAAUAAUUUCGAGAAAAAUUUGUAUAAAUUGAUGAACAAUGCUGUAUUUGGAAAAACGAUGGAAAAUGUACGCAAUCAUGUAGAUGUGAAACUGUUGACAAAAUGGGAUGGACGGCACGGUGCCGAGGCAAUGAUCGCGAAAACAAAUUUUCAUAGCCGAAGCAUUUUCACCGAAAACUUAAUUGCCGUCGAAUUACGGAAACUCGAAGUGAAAUUCAACAAGCCGAUCUAUGUGGGUAUGUGCAUCCUCGACAUAUCAAAGGUUUGCUUGUAUGAAUUUCACCACGAGUACAUGUCUCCUUCAUAUCGCGAAAAAUGUAAAAUUAUGUACACCGACACCGACAGUCUAAUUUAUCACAUAGAAUGCGAAGACAUUUAUAAGCACAUGAAACGCGAUAUUCAUAAAUUCGAUACGAGUUAUUAUCUGGCUGACAACGCGUACGAUAUACCGCUUGUAAAUAAGAAGGUUCCAGGUCUGAUGAAAGAUGAAAAUAACGGAGCUAUAAUGACAGAAUUCGUCGGACUUAGAGCGAAGAUGUACGCGCUGAGA